AUGCAACAGCAGCCUCCGCCAAACCCGGUGAUGCCGCCGAACGUGUUGGUCGGCGGCGGUGCGACUGGGGGUGGUGGCGGUGCCAGCACCCCCUCCGGAGGCCUGCAGCCGUCGUCAUCCGCCGUGCAGCAGCUCCUGCAACAGCAACAGAGCUUUUACAUGCAGCAUCAGCAGCAGCUGAGCGACCUGAUGAGGGGACAACUGCUGGCUCUUCAGGAACGUUUGCACCUGAGCGUUGUCCACCAGUCGCAGCUCAUGCAGCAGCUCAGCCAGUGCAGGGAAAGGAAACUUCUUGGACAGGUAUUGCUAGGCCGUUAUCUCUUUUCUUUGUUUCCUGAUCUGUUUACUUUCGCUUCUUUUUUAUUUGUUACUAUUUAUUUUACUUAAAU